UUCUUCUUCUUCUUCUUCUUUUUUAUUAUUCUGCGUACAUUUUACAGCCAGAGUCACAAAAUAUCCAUAAGCUCCAUGGCUUUCCUGGAAGGUGGAGAAAGUAUUUUAGAUUCCAUUAACGAUGAGGUAAGCAUAGAGGAUGUUGAUAUGGUUGAUGUAGAAGAAGGUGAGUGUGUGGAGCAUGAUGAGAACAUUGAACCAAUAGAAGCUGGUGGAGAAAAUGAUAAAAUGGCUCCUCAAGAUCCACUGGACAGAAACCGCGGAGGGAAGAGGAAGAGAAAAAAGAAGAACAAGAACAAGAACAAGAAGAAGGCCAUCUCAACGUCUAGCAUCACAGAUAUAAACAGGUUUGUAAUUGACACAUGCAGACGUUUGAAAGAAAAGAAAUCAUACCUAGUUUGGAAUGCUGUUGGUUGCCUUGGUAUUGGUGCAUUAAGUGAUCUUGUCAAAGAGGUGGAUGCAAUUCAGGCUUGUGGAGGUCAGAUGACAGCUGAUGGCAAGCGCUUUCGUACAGGGGGUGGCAUAUUAUGGAGCAUUUUGAAAACACGUGAACCAAAGACUUACAAAGAGAUAAUGUUGAAAGGGAAGGAAUUUGAGAAGCAAUUCAGGCAUCAAAGAGUAAAACAAGUGUCAGAGCAAAACAAAGAGGGGCCUUCUCAGAAAAUUGUCUGUGAUUCUUCUGAUGGUAUCACUAAUCAAGUCUCAAAAGAGAGUUUGCAGCAUUCACCGCAAACGCGAAGUGAAGAAACGAAAGAGAGUGAUUCUCAAGGUAAGAGGAUAUCCGUCUUGAACAGGAUACGUGUACCGGUCACAUAUGAUGACUUGGUUGGAGAGGAACCAAAAGAUCAAUCAAAUUGAUUGUUACAAAACAAAGGAUUUUGAGUGUAUAGAGGCUCUCAGGCUCACCGUUCCCAGUAUUCAAUUUUGGCAAUUUAAUUCUUUUACUGGUAUACUUCAUCUCAGACAAAUUGAAAUGCACAUGUAAUCCAUUGGU